CUUCGAGGUUCAUAUGGAGGAGCUGAGUUGCAGGAGUAAGCUAAGACUGUUCUUCAGCUGCCAUGACUGUAGUAAUCGGGUUUGAGGGCAGUGCCAAUAAAAUCGGCAUAGGAAUCAUCAGAGAUGGUGAAGUUCUUUCCAACCCUAGACGGACUUACAUCACACCUCCUGGUCAAGGAUUCAUGCCAAGUGACACAGCCCGGCACCACCGUGCUGUCAUACUGACUGUCCUGAAGGAGGCGCUGGAGCAGGCAGGGCUGAAGCCUGCAGAUAUCGAUUGUGUGGCGUACACCAAAGGCCCUGGUAUGGGUGCCCCCUUGGUAACGGUGGCUCUGGUGGCUCGUACAGUCUCACAGCUUUGGGGGAAGCCGCUCCUCGGUGUCAACCACUGUAUCGGACACAUCGAGAUGGGUCGACUCAUCACCAAAGCCAACAACCCCACUGUGCUUUAUGUUAGUGGGGGGAACACACAGGUUAUUGCAUACUCAGAGCGGCGGUAUAGAAUAUUUGGGGAGACCAUCGACAUUGCGGUUGGCAACUGUUUGGACAGGUUCGCCAGAGUUAUAAAGAUUUCCAAUGACCCCAGUCCAGGCUACAACAUAGAGCAGAUGGCCAAGAAAGGGAGUCAGUAUGUGGAGCUACCGUAUACAGUUAAAGGAAUGGACGUCUCAUUCUCUGGGAUUUUAUCCUACAUUGAGGAAGCUGCUCAUAAGAUGCUGAGCUCUGGUCAGUGUACAGCAGAGGACCUGUGCUUCUCACUGCAGGAGACAGUUUUCUCCAUGCUGGUGGAGAUCACAGAGAGGGCCAUGGCUCACUGCGGCUCCCAAGAGGUCCUCAUCGUCGGGGGUGUUGGCUGUAAUCUGCGUCUGCAGGAGAUGAUGGGAGUCAUGUGUAAGGAGCGAGGUGCCAAGCUGUUUGCCACAGAUGAACGAUUCUGCAUAGACAACGGAGCAAUGAUUGCUCAGGCCGGCUGGGAGAUGUUUAGGUCCGGUCAGGUGACGGAGCUGGAGGACUCAUGGAUUACACAAAGGUACAGAACAGAUGAGGUGCAGGUGACGUGGAGAGACUGACUGAUGGACUGAGCGACACAACAUCCUGGUGUUAAAUAUGUUGUUGCAGCAGGUCUGUAGUACACCUGGCCUCUAAAGGGACACUUACACUCUGUUGCAUGUGACAUUAGAGUUGCUACUCAAAGUCAAAUUAAGCAUUCGGCUUUAAAGAUGUCAUGAGGUUUGUAGUUGUUCUUGUUUAGUUUACUCAUGUUUAAAGGAUAUGUCAGGUGAUAGUCUCUAUUUUUAUAACUGUCAUCAGAUACCAUGAAAAACCAAACCCAACAUUGAACUGAUCCUGCUAAAAAGAACUGUGUAUACAAAGGCUCAUACAUGUUAUUCCUCUGUUGUACAAAAACACAUCAGUGAGCCACAGUGUUGCAAGCAGGUCUUCAUUGCUAUGCACACACACACUGUAGUUUAUUUUUACUCAAUUGCGCAUAUGCCAUCCUGCUGCUGGUAAUACAGCAAUUGCGUAUUAAUCCACAGCUGAAAAUAGUACCCAACAAAUGCACCAUUUCCUCUUGUUGAGUAACGUUUGCUCAGAGCUACAGUCCAGCUGUUACUGAGCUGAGUUAUUAUUAUUUGGGACAUGUUUUCAAAGAUUUAUAUCGUCAGUAGUAAGGAAUGGGCUUCAGGGCUGAGCGCCACAGACAUGGUGGGGAGGUCAGAAGGUAUUGUGAGCUAGACUAUUUUCUGUGUUGGUUUCGUUCUUUUCAUGGGAUUUGACACUAAAAAUACAAUAUCACCAGCUUUUUCUUUUAAAAUUGUUAGGGAACUUCACUCUUUGGUGGCUGUUGUAAAUACUCCAGUAGAAAGAGGUAUAUUUUGAUUGUCACAUUUUGGAGAACUUAUGCAUGUCAACUACACACUCCUGCAUAACUUCCUCUGGUCACAAGAGGUGGUGGGACUUUGCCUGGAUGGACCACAUCCUGCACCUGAGCGUUCACAUCUACAACAAACAAAUGUACUGUCAGUUUGAGAUUAAAGGUGAUUUGUUUUUUUUUCAAAAUUAAGAUGGCUACUUUACAUUAGACUCUCUACAUGCACUGAUGUGGAAUUUCAGGGCUGAUAAUUGUUUGUUUUGGCUGAGAGAGAUAAUUCUCUUGGAACUGCAAAAAUCUGAAGAGGAUUUGUAAAACACAACAAAACCAUGUUUGCUAAGCUCACUGCCUGGUUUCUUCAGUGCUGACAGGAAAAAAACUGACCUUAAUGUUCUUACUUCCUUUGACUCUGUCCUCAUUCAGAACUGGCCACUGAUUUAUUGUGUAUCACAAUAAAAUUUGUAGUGCAGCUGUUUUUCCUCUCAA